AUGCAUUCACGGUGUCUAGCUAUAUCUAUGUCUGUGGUAGCAGUGCAUACUAUUCAUAGUCAGCGCAAGAUAUUGGAUGGCGAUACAGUCUAUGCGAAAAAACGAUACGUGGUGUAUUUAGUAAAAGCUUUAAGCGCCCAGUCUCCUGAUGAGACCUGGCUCUGUGGGGGCGCUAUCGUGACUAGUUUAUUCAUCCUGACCUCCUCGGCGUGUCUCGAAAGUGUUGAUUACAUAUUCGCCAUUUCUGGACUCUCGGAAUAUGUUAGGACAGAGGACUUACGGACGCAUCCAUGUACCAGAAAGACUAGGAAGAGAAUCGUCAUGACUUGUGUGCCGAAGUCUUACGACUUCGACGAAAACAUCGAAUAUUGGUCCAAUAUCGACAUAGCGCUCGCUAAAGUGGAAUCCGAGUUUGAUUUCAACUCAGCGCCACCUGAAUGUAGUUACCCGCCCAAUUUUAUCGACAUCAACUUUGAUCCCAAAUACCAAAAUCCAGGAAUCGAUGUGCAGGUCUAUGGAUGGGGCCACAACUUGACUUGGAAACCGCCUGAGGACAAAUCAGAUUUGAAUGUAAAGUAUUUACAAUAUGCGCCGUUAAUAAUACGGCAGAGAAGUGUAUGUCAUAAAGCUUACGCCAAUCUUAAUCUUACCAAAAUUAUCGACAACAAUAUGCUGUGCGUUGACGCACCAGGAAAUAUAGACGACCAAGGGAACAUAAUUCACAGAGCGAAUCCUGUUGAGGAGCAAUGUGUUACUGAGAUCGAAAAACAACGCGGCAUCAAAGGAGUACUGUGCAAAAAUAACUCGUUUUCCGAUAACACAAGAAGAUAUGCAACAACUGAUGGAAAGGUUCUUCGAGGAAAGGGAAUCUGUCAGAACGACCAUGGCGGACCUCUCGUUACGUUUAUAGGCAAUCGGGAAUACCUCAUUGGCGUGGCGUCUCUUUACAGAGUCACUGCCUCUUCGAGAUGUGUGGGGCCAUUUCUCUUCACAAGCACCCAAUGUAAUGGGCUGUUUCUCAGUUGUGUCCUCAAUGAGACCGUAUUACAGGAUGUGAAUUCAGUUUGCAAUAUCAAAUCUUACGCAAGAGGUUUCGAAAUCAGAAAAAAAAUUAUAUCCUGGAGAAACCAUCCUGAGGGGCCUGCUGCAAAUGAAAUCGACGACUGGGAAGCUUCUACCGCGGCGCCUUUGAGAUUCAGGCCUGAAGAUAUGAGUAGCAGUAGUUCAAGAGAGUUAUUUUCGGACUAAGGACACAUUAGAUACAAUUAAUAAAAAAAAUAUAUAUCAUGAAGAAUGGUCAUCACCGCUGAAA